AUGGUUCAAUCCGCCGUUCUCGGUUUCCCUCGUAUGGGCCGUCUCCGUGACCUGAAGAAAGCCACGGAAGCCUACUGGGGUGGCAAGCUCUCCCGCGAUGACCUUCUCGCGGAGGGCAAGCGCCUCCGUGCUGAGCACUGGGGCCUGAUCAAGAAGGCCGGCGUUGACUCCAUUCCUAGCAACGACUUUGCUUUCUACGACCAGGUUCUCGAUCACAUCCAGCUCUUCGGCGUUGUUCCCGAGCGCUACUCCAAGCACAAGCUUCACCCCCUCGAUGAGUACUUCGCCAUGGGCCGUGGUCUCCAGAAGGAGGGUGUUGAUGUUCCCGCUUUGGAGAUGGUGAAGUGGUUUGACUCCAACUAUCACUACGUCAAGCCUACCCUGCAGGAUAACCAGGUCUUCACACUCGCUACCGAGCCCAAGCCCGUGACUGAAUUCCUCGAGGCCAAGGCUCAGGGUGUGAUCACCCGCCCCGUCAUCCUGGGACCUGUCUCCUUCCUCACCCUCGGUAAGGCUGAUCGUGGCCAGUCCGUGGACCCCAUUGACAAGUUGAACGACCUGCUGCCCCUCUAUGUGGAGCUCCUGUCCAAGCUCAAGAGUGCUGGUGCCGAGGACGUUCAGAUUGAUGAACCCGUCCUCGUCUUCGACCUGGCCUCGAAGUCCAAGGCCGCCUUCAAGCCCGCGUACGAGGCCCUCGGCAGCCUCGGUGACAAGGCUCCCCGCCUCACCCUCGCUACCUACUUCGGUGACAUCGUCCACAACAUUGAUGUCCUCUCCUCCCUUCAGAACCUCCACGCCAUUCACGUGGACCUGGUCCGCAACCCCGAGCAGCUCGAGGCUGUUGCUGGUGCUCUUGGCCCCAAGCAAACCCUGUCUGCUGGUGUUGUUGACGGUCGUAACAUCUGGAAGACCAACUUCAAGAAUGCCAUUGAGAAGGUCGAGGCUGCUAUUCAGAAGCUCGGCAAGGACCGCGUCGUCGUUGCCACUUCCAGCUCCCUUCUCCACGUCCCCCACACCCUCGAGAGCGAGAAGAAGCUCGACCCCGAGGUCCUUGACUGGUUCAGCUUCGCCGUCGAGAAGUUGACCGAGGUCGCCGUCAUUGCCAAGGCCGUCACCGAGGGCCCCUCCUCCGUCAGCGCUGAGCUGGAGGCCAACGCGAAGUCUAUGCACUCCCGUGCCACUUCUGCCCGCACCAACGACCCCAAGGUCAAGGCCCGUCAGGGUGCCGUCACUGAGGAGAUGCACAACCGCAAGUCUCCCUUCGCUACUCGCAUCGCUGAGCAGACCAAGUUCAUCAAGCUUCCUCUCUUCCCCACCACCACCAUCGGUUCCUUCCCUCAGACCCAGAACAUCCGUGUGACCCGUAACAAGUUCACCAAGGGGGAGAUUACCUCUCAAGAGUAUGAGAAGUUCAUCGAGAAGGAGAUCCAAGAUGUUGUCAAGUUGCAGGAGGAGCUUGACCUCGACGUUCUCGUCCACGGUGAGCCCGAGCGUAAUGACAUGGUCCAGUACUUCGGUGAGCGUCUUGACGGUUAUGCCUUCACCACCAUGGCCUGGGUGCAGAGCUACGGUUCUCGCUGUGUUCGUCCCCCUAUCAUUGUCGGUGACAUUUCCCGUCCGGCCCCCAUGACCGUGAAGGAGUCCAAGUACGCUGUCUCUCUCACCUCCAAGCCCAUGAAGGGUAUGCUCACUGGCCCCAUCACCUGUCUGCGGUGGUCUUUCCCCCGUGAUGAUGUCCACCAGUCUGUCCAGGCUCAGCAGCUCGCUCUCGCUCUCCGCGACGAGGUUGCUGACCUUGAGGCUGCCGGUGUGAAGGUCAUCCAGGUUGACGAGCCCGCUCUCCGUGAGGGUCUUCCCCUCCGCAAGGGCUCUGAGCGUGAUGCUUACGUCAAGUGGGCCGUCAACGCCUUCAAGCUCUCCACUGCCGUGGCCCGUGACGAGACUCAGAUCCACUCCCACUUCUGUUACUCUGAGUUCCAGGACUUCUUCCACGCCAUUGCUGCUCUGGAUACCGAUGUUCUGUCCAUUGAGAACAGCAAGUCUGAUGCCAAGCUCCUCAAGGUCUUCAUUGAUGAGAAGUUCGGUGCUCAGAUCGGACCUGGUGUCUUUGACAUCCACUCUCCUCGUGUCCCCAGCGAGCAGGAGAUGAAGGACCGUAUUGAGGAGAUGCUUCAGUUCCUCCGCCCUGACCAGCUCUGGAUCAACCCCGACUGCGGUCUCAAGACCCGUAAGGAGGAUGAGUGCAUUGGCCAGCUCAAGUCCAUGGUGGCUGCUGCCAAGUACUACCGCCAGAAGUACUCCCAGUAG